UGACAACUUGCCAGGUCAACCUCAUAGCUAUCUCUGUUAAGAAUGUCAAGUCGGGUGGAACCUACAGAUCAGGAUGUCGAUAGUGACGACGAUCAGCCCACUACACCCAACGCCCUCCCAUUCGACGAUGCCACUCAGCUCUCCGCCCUCGCAGAUUCUCUCCUCGCGCGUUUCGGAGAGCAUGGCGACAGGAACGACCUCGAGAACGCGAUCGCGCACUACGUCACCGCAUUAGAAUCACGCGGUCCCAGCCAUCCAGACUACCCCACAUCGCUCGCCCAGCUCGCAGGUGCCCUCAGGACGCGAUACGAGCAGGAGGGCAGCCCUGAAGACCUGGACUACGCCAUCGAGUCCCACACCCUUGCCAUCGAGCUCAUGUCCCCCACCAACACUCUCCUCCCCUCCUCCCUCAUCGGCCUCUCCAUCGCACAUAUCAUCCGCUUCGAACGGCAGGGCAAUUUCGACGAUCUCGAUUGUGCAUUCGGCUUUGGCCGGCGUGCAUUGGCGCUGUGUCCGCCCGGCCAUCGCCUCCGCGCAAGCGUGUUUGGAGACUUGGCAAAUGCGCAUUUGGUUAGGUAUUGGCAGAGGGGCGAUCCAGGUGACUUGGAUCGCGCCAUCGAGAACCAUGCGAGCGCGGUGGAGAGCCGCCUCCCCACCCAGCCUCCACGCUUCUCCGCACUCGUCAACUUCGCCAAUGCGCUUCUUACGCGCUUCGAUGAGCGGGGCGACGCUGCAGACCUUGAUGGCGCGAUUGCGCACUUUGCAGGCGCUGAAGAGGUAUGUGGGGAGGACAAUCCGAGUAAGAGCAUGGUGUUGAUGAAUCUUGCGAACGCGCUCACGAAUCGGUUUGAGAGUAGAGGUGAUAUGAGGGAUUUGGAUUGUGCGAUUGGCAGGUUCGAGGGUGCGCUGAGGAUGUGUAACAGCGGACAUCCGAAUCGCCCCAUGGUGCUUAUAGACCUGGCGAGUGCGCUCAUGAACCGGUUCAAGCAGAGGAGCGAGAUGGCAGACCUGGACGGGGCGAUCGGGCAUCUCGACGAUGCGCUAGAGUCGUGUGCGAGGGAACAUCCGAGGAGGGAUUUGGUGUUUUCAAACCUGGCGAGUGCGUUCUUGGUUCGGUUCGGGCAGCGCGGGGAUUUGGCAGAUUUGGAUAGCGCUAUUCAGCGGCACGAGGAUGCGCUUGAGCUGAGGCUUCCUGGUCAUCCCCUCCGCUCACCGUCUCUCACCAGCCUCGCCGAUGCCCUCAGGGUGCGGUUUGAGCAGAAAGGCGAUCCUGGGGACCUCGAUAAGGCGAUUGAAUAUCACGAGGAGGCACUUGAGAUUCUUGCAGAAGGACAUCCCUCGCACCUGGAAUUGGCAAUCAACCACUACCACAGUACGCUGGAGCUGUCCCUGCGAGGUCACCAUGGGCAUGCGAUGACGGUCAUGAACCUCGCCAGUGCACUCUUGAUGAGAUUUAAGAGUCUGGGGGACGUGGAUGACCUUGGCGGAACGCUGUCACACCUGGAAGAUGCAAAAAGCUGUCUGGAGGACGGACACCCAGAUAUGUUCAACUUGUAUGAUCUCCUCUCCCGUGCUCAUCUAACCCGAUAUUUAAUCUCGGAAGAUGUAAGCGAUCGAGAAGAGGCAUUUGCGUAUAGGAGGCUGGCUACGACAUAUGUGACGGUGGGCAGCAAGAGGCGGCUCGACUCGUGUAUGCAAUGGAUAGCAGAUGCAGAGUGCUGGGGUCACACCUCGGCACUGGAGGCGUAUAGAACUGCACUUGAGAUUAUUGACCGGCAUGUCAUGGCAUCCUCAUCGGUGCUCACACGCCACGAAGCACUGAGAGCAGUCAGGCAGUCGAUCGCCUCUGACGCCGCGUCUUGUGCAAUUCGUGAUGGGAGGCUGGAGGAGGCGGUAGUGUUGCUUGAGCAGGGACGGGCGCUGCUGUGGGCGCAGCUUGCACGCUUCAGGACUCCACUCGACGAGCUGAGAAGUAGAGGAAAUGAUGGGAGGCGGCUUGCAGCUGAAUUCGAGAGGCUGAGUAGGGAGCUGGAACAGACGAGUUCUGCAUGGGAAUCGCAAAGAGGCCAAGAGGGGGAAUCGAGGUCGGUCAUUGAGCAGCGCGCACGUCGCUUUCGCAGGCUGGGCCUUGAGUGGGAGGGCGUGGUAGAGGAUAUCCGUAGAGCUGAAGGUUUUUCGAUGUUUUUGAUGCCUACGCCAUUUUGUGAGCUGCAGGAAGCAGCUGUGGGUGGGCCGAUCAUCAUCGUCAACGUUGGGAGGUAUCGUUGUGAUGUCAUUAUCGUCCUUCGGUCCAGCCCCCCUCGACUUGUGCCCCUCCCGUUGAUCACCUACCAAGAUGUUUCGCAGCUAUCGAUAGAACUCACGACCGCGCUCAAGUCAUCUACAGCUGUAGGCGAGGAGAAGAUACGAGAGCAGCAAAUCACUCGUGUUCUCAGAGGAUUGUGGGAUACCAUUGUCCAGCCUGUUGUUGAUGUACUGAGAAGCAUGAAGGAUGAUGUCCCAAAAGGCUCUCGGAUCUGGUGGUGUCCAACCUCGAAGCUUGCGUUUCUCCCGUUGCAUGCUGCUGGGCCUUAUAGAAACCGUGAAGCGAACCUGCCUCACCUUUUUGUUUCUUCGUACACACCUACACUGUCCGCACUCAUUAGAUCUAGACGGUCAAGGCGUAACAUUUCUGAUUCUCCCGCUCGCAGCUUUCUGGCAAUCGGGCAGCCAAAGCCGUUUAAUAGUAGCUAUGAAAACGACUUGCAAACGGUUGAUAGCGAGUUAUUGACCGUUCGCGAGAUAGUCUCUCCCGUGAUGCCGUGUUCUUCUCUCGCUGGAAUGAAGGCCACCGCCGAAGCUGUGAUGAGCGGCAUACAGGCGCAUGGCUGGAUUCACCUAUCGUGCCACGGCAAACAGGAUAUGUUCCAGCCCUUUGAUUCGAUGUUCUCCUUGCAAGACCAGCCGCUGCGCCUUUUAGACAUCAUCCGUGCCAGAACCAAACCCACAGCAGACCAGCCGGAGUUUGCAUUCCUAUCUGCAUGUCAUACUGCUGCUGGGGAUGAGAAUACGCCGGACGAGGUGAUCCACCUUGCUUCUGGAAUGCAGUUUUCAGGCUUCAGGAGUGUGGUGGGGACGCUUUGGGCGGUUGAUGAUGGCGUUGUGGGAGCUGUUGUCGAGGGAUUUUAUAGACAUCUCGUGAGGGAUGGAAUGGGAUAUACUCAAGCUGCUCGUGCAUUGAACAGGGUGAUGAAGACGGUAAAUAGAAAUGAGGUGCCGUUGGACCAACGGAUUGUGUUCAUUCAUAUUGGAGCGUAAGACCCAGAUUGCGCGAAGGUACAUAUUGUGGGUGUCGGAAAUUGGUGCGCUGAUGAAGGAAGAGUUGCUAUUUUCAUAAAUAGAUGGAGGUCGGAAAGUAAACAAGGGGAGUGAGAAACGGAUGACGGUGGAGAAUA